GCUAAAUCCUUUUAUGUCGAUUUUAUGAGCUUAAAAAAGGUUUAAAUGUAUGCAAAAUAAUUUCAUCAUAUAAGCGAAUUGAAUAAUUUGCUUUACAAAAGAAAAAGUCCGAUAUCACUAGACCGUUUGAAGGUUUUGUGUAUGUUUAUAGAAUCAGAGAUUCGAAAUUUGAUGGAUUAUAUGUCGAAUAGGAAAAGAAAGAUUUGUUUUGUUUCAAGUUUCUUUCAUUAGCACGUUCAUGGAACUUUAUGUUUUUGUUUCACCUUAUUUUCGUUUGAAUCAAAGAAAUAAAAGAUUAACAUCAGAAUGAUGACUACAGUUGAAAAAGAGUCUGUCCCUCGUAAACGAAGAGUGAUUAGUCAGGUCGCGCAGGCUUGUCUUCGAUGUCGACAAAAGAAAAUAAAGUGUUCAGGAGAAAAGCCCACAUGCCAAACCUGUAUGAAUAAUAGUGUUGAAUGUGUAUGGCCUGACCGACCCAACAUGAGAGGUAAACGGUCCUCUCCAUCGUUUCCGAAUCACUUAUCCUCCAAAGUGAACAGUAUCGCGGGCCAGCAACAUACACACCCCGAAUUGGAUACCAUAAAUUUGCAAAUCCCUUCGUAUUUUCCUGUUCAUUCGUUUCCUAGCACAGUUUCUCCAUCUUCAACUGAACCGAUGGACUUUUCCUUACCAAUUACAAAUCUAGAAGAGCAGCAAAAACAACUAAAAAUUCCUUCCAACCGAAAGUUGUUACAGAUGUGGGAAAUCUUUCUGAAAACCUCAUAUACUGAACUGUAUGGCAUUUUUAAUAAAGCUAGUAUAACUUCUCAGAUAUCAAAAGGUUCUAUUAAUCCACUAUUGGCUCUUUGCAUUUGCACUCAUGCUGCUAGAUUUUCUCAAGAAGAAAUCAACGUUUUCAAGUCUCCUUCAGCAGCGUCUGAUUUUUAUGCAAAACAUGCGUUCUCCCUUCUCUCAUUUCAACUUCAAGACAUUUCGUUAAUUAACAUAUCAGCAUUAUUGAUGCUGUGUUUAGUCGAGCUUGGUGCUGGCCGAAGCUCUAAAGCAUGGCUAUUGUUAGGAAUGGCUCUACGCAUGGCUGAUUCAUUAGAUUUGGGCAAUGAGUUCAGCGAGGAUUCUUUCUCUAGUUUACGUGGUAUAUCCAACUGGGCUGAAGGUGAGCAGCGGCGAAGAACAUAUUGGUCCUGUUUUAUGAUUGAACGGCUUUUUGCUACAGGGUUCAUGGCUCCAUCGAAACUCCGAACCAUUUCUCUCAAUCCCAAUAAAACCUCAAUCCAGCUUCCUUCCCCUGAGGCUAACUUUUGCUUUUCCCAGCCGAUCGUUACAGAACUUUUCGAUGGAUCUAUGCCUCAAAACAACCUUGAAGGUCAACGUCAAAGAAAUAGUUCCACGAACAGAGUAAGCGACUCUUUGAGUUUCACUAUGGGCAGCCUUAUCCGAUUGUCCGAUAUAUGGAGUGACAUUUCUCGAUGGGUGCUUCGUGGUGGAUAUUCACAAGACAUUAUACCUCCUUGGAUGCCACAAUCUUUGUUUCAACAAAAGCUAGCGUCUUUAGAAGAUUGGUUAAAAGGCCUUUCUCCUCGAUUGACCUUGACCGACGAAAAUUACAGUGUUUAUAGUGUUCCUGGUGACUUUUCUGGUGGUUGUUUUAUUUUUAUGCACAUGUUAUUCCAUGUAACGUAUGUUUAUCUACUAAGGAAUGCCUUGGAUUUGUUUCCUACGAAUGGAAAGCAAGUAACGGAAGUAUUUGCAUCUGUUUCAGAGCGAUAUGGGCAAGCUGUUCCUACUGCUUGGAUGGAAAUGAUUUUAACUCGUGUAAUAAAUUCCGCAAACACAAUAACAAGGCUUUCAAUAGAACCACUAAAUUAUGCCAUGACUCCUUUUUUUGGUUUUUCUGCAUUAACGGCUUCCACUAUACAUAUGCUUAACAGAUUUUGCAUACAAAAUACAAACAACGAAUAUCUUGAUGCUUUGCAGUUUACUCGAAUCGAUUACUUAAUCUUACGUGAGCGUUCCAAAUACUGGACUUUUAAUAAGGGAAUGCUACAAACUUUCAAAAUGAUCUAUAACUAUUAUCGAUCUCAUUAUGUUGAAAAGCAACCGUUUAUAAAAUAUAAAAUUCCAGGGUUCCCUGCGUCCAUUUUAGAAUAUGGAACAACAAUGGAAGAUUCGACAUCCCCUUUAAACCGAGAAUUUCCAUUCUCAAGACACUAUUUAAUGCCUUCCAACGAAUUUGUGGAUUUGAGAAAUGAUUUAGAUGGGGACAACGGUAUUGCAAGCCAAGAUGUUUCUGCAGAUUUUGAUGGUACUACGGAGAGCGAGCUGUUUAUAACUCAAAACGAUCUGCCAGUUGAAGAAUUUCAAUGGCGGAAUAAUCUAUUUGGUACUGACGACAGAUCUAACUUGUUUGAACUCGGUCGUGUUUAAAGCGUUCCCUAGUACUAAUUGUUAAUAUUUGUAUAAUUAAUUCUAUUUAAUCCUUGGUUUAAUUCUAAUAGACUUUUCUUUUUUUUUUGUUUAAAUAUUUUACAAAUGACGGCAAAACUGAUAUUUAUU